UUUCAAGUACCGUUCCCGUUCUUGUACACCAGCUGGCAGAGUCAGUUCUUGUUCGAUUUUCACGCUGAAACACUAUUCCAGGUUUCGCAAAAAUGGACAUCAAUACAGGUAAUCCAGAUUUGGAUAGCAAAGUCAGGGAUUGGUUGAAUUGGGAUAAGAAUGAGAAAAAUGUAGCUGAAAUUGAAGGUUUGUUGAAACAAAAUGACACAGCAACACUUUUGAAAAUUUUUGGGAAACGUUUGGAGUUUGGAACAGCUGGUCUUAGAGGAGUUAUGGCAGCUGGACCUAGCAGAAUGAAUGAUUUGACAGUAAUCCAAGCAACACAAGGAAUGGCAAAAUAUCUUCUAGAAUGCUUUGACGAUGUAAAAACCCAAGGCGUGGCGAUAGGCUAUGAUGGAAGGCACAAUAGUAGCAGAUUUGCUCGAUUGGCUACACGAGCAUUUAUUUCAAUGGGCAUUCCUGUCCAUCUCUUUUCUGCGCUAGUCCCUACUCCGUAUAUUCCAUUCAGUGUAUGCCAGCUAAAAACUAAAGCCGGCAUCAUGAUAACUGCAUCCCACAAUCCCAAAGAAGACAAUGGAUACAAAGUCUAUUGGGACAAUGGAGCACAGCUUAUUUCUCCUCAUGACGGAAACAUUCUUAAACGUAGUUUAGACAAUUUGGCUCCAUGGGGUGAAGCCUGGGACGACUCGGUUAGGGAACAUCCUUUGGUUUCUGACCCACUAGCAAACAUAACCCAACUCUAUUUCGACAUCCUUGCCAAGGAAUGCGUACGAAGCGAACUCAACCAAAAAACCGCCCUCAAGUUUACCUAUACACCUGUUCAUGGUGUCGGAGCUCCUUAUGUGAAAAUGGCUUUCGAUACUUGCAAAUUCCAGCCAUACAUCCCAGUUGAAGAGCAGAUUGAGCCAGACCCUGAAUUUUCUACUGUGAAAUUCCCUAACCCUGAAGAGGGCAAAUCUACUUUAAAUCUAGCACUGGCAACUGCGUCGCUUAACAAUUCCACGGUGAUUUUGGCCAACGAUCCCGAUGCGGAUCGCCUAGCGUGUGCUGAAUUGCAACCAAACGGAGAGUGGAAAGUCUUUACGGGCAAUGAGUUGGGAGCGAUACUCGGUUGGUGGAUGUGGACCCGAGCAGUGCAAAAGGGACAAGAUCCUAAGACAGCAGCCAUGAUCGCGUCAACUGUUUCAUCCAAGAUCCUUCAGACGAUGGCCGAACAAGAGGGUUUCUUGUUUGAGGAAACGCUUACCGGUUUCAAGUGGAUGGCCAACCGCGGACUACAGUUACAAAAAGAAGGAUACAAAAUCUUGUUUGCCUUUGAGGAGGCUAUUGGUUUUAUGUGUGGCAUUCACGUCCCGGAUAAAGACGGCGUUUCGGCCGCCGCUCAUUUGGCCGAAUUGGCCGUCUAUUUGGAGAACAAGGGUACUACGCUCAGCGGACAGCUAGAGGAAAUCUACAUCAAAUAUGGCCAACAUGUUACGCUGAACUCGUAUUAUUUGUGCUACGAUCCUAUUAUAAUUAGCCGCAUCUUUGAACGUCUUCGCAAUUUUGAAAUGGAACCUAAAACGUAUCCGAAGUCCUUGAUGAAUGGCAAGUAUGUCAUUAAAGGUGUCCGUGAUCUAACAAAUGGCUUUGAUUCGCGACAGCCGGAUGGCAAGGCUCUGCUUCCAACUUCAAGCUCUUCGCAAAUGAUCACGUUCUACUUUGAAAACGGAUUAGAUGCGACCAUACGAACAAGUGGCACCGAGCCUAAAAUCAAAUACUACACUGAACUCCGCGCUCCGCCAACUCAAACUGACCGUCAACAAGUUCAAGCGACUCUAGAAGAGAUGGUUCAAGCUCUAGUGGAAGAAUUUCUUCAACCGACGUUGAAUCACCUCACUCCCCGCCCUGAAUGAAAAACCGGAAACCGCGCGGAUGGACACAUUCGGUUGGAACACAUUCCAUCGGAGGUGUAAUGAAACGUAGUCAACUUACGUGUGUAGAUCUGUAAUGCUACUCAUUUUGAUGGAAUCUGCUUUUCAAAGAGGUAGGCCCAACCUCUUUUUUUUUUCUUGCCUAAUUGUUUGGUGUGAUAAGUAGCUUUCAAAGUCUCUUGUUGUUAAGCUGUAGAAAGGUUAUUAUUAUUGUCUGUGUUAUUUCGGGGAAAUGUAGCGAGAGCUUAUUCACACAUCUGUGAAUGAAGAUUACCACUUAUGUUUUUGGAACCGUUUGUUCGCUGACACUAAACAUGCCCCACU